AUGGAAGCAUUCGGUACCGCUCUCGCCACGACUACACUGGUCGUUCAGUAUGUAUCUGCUUGUGCCGGCUUCUCAUCUCAGGCUAAAUCACUUGCGGUACGCUUGGAGUGGGACCUUCGAGCUAUGAAAAUUAUCAAGCAGUAUUUCGAGCAGAGAGAUGGGAGAGACCAAGACAUAACCUUUCGUCCCGAGGACGAUACUAUGCUAGAACGAACUCUGGCUUAUCUCGAAGGGAUAGUCAGUCUGGCGCAACGGAAGCUGAUCACGAUUCAACGCAAGGGCUUUCUGAAUCAAGUUGCUCUCGGUGCCUCGUGGAUUGCCAGACGGGCUGAUCUAGAGGACCUGGAAGCCGAGGUGUUUGCAUGGACACAGCGGUUCGGGGUCCAUGUCCUCGAUUUAAGCCUUGACCUUCGAACCAGCAUCCAGAUUGAACCUCAUCCUAAAUCUCUCACGCCGCCUGUUAUCAAGUCUAAUGACAGACUUCGACAAUUCGCUCGUCUUGACUCACAAGACAAGAAAGUACGAGCACAUCGCAUGCUGUUGCAAGACCCGACUGAGCUGGCCGCCAGGAUUGCUAGUUCACCUUACAUCCCCUACAUUCCGCUUCGCCUCGCUCCCUCCCAACAAGGAUCGGGAAACAGUCAGUUGAUCCUAGCCAGUAGGCAGGUAUCUCAGACAACCCUCCAUGACCCCGAAAGCUUUUCUCGCCUCGAAGAGGAUAUGGGCCUGUUGGCUGCAGCCCUUACUUGCUUGGAUCCAGCGGCCAACGUCUGUCUCUUGAGGGUGGAACACUACUUCUAUCAUAAGCAAAGGGGGCAGUUCAUUUUUGUGCACUAUCCACCUUUUUCAGUGGAAUCAAUGGCAUCGUUGGACAAACGAAUCAACCUCGAUCCUUUUCCCAAUGUGGACACCCCUUUGGAACAGCGGCUCAAGCUUGCUCACAAGCUCGCUGAGGCGGUCCUGUUUUUGCAUACUGCUGAUUUUCUACAUAAAAGCAUCACUACCAGGAGCAUCGUGGUCCUCAACAAGUCGGAGGAGUCUAGCGAUUCAUGCCAUUCAGAUGACCUGGGUGACUGCAGCUCUGAUCUCGAGAAUACAUACCUCAUGGGGUUCGAUCUUAUUCGUGGGGCUGACGAGGGAACGACAAAGGAGGGUGCCGCCAAGCAGGCGGACGACUCAAGGUCGAUAUGGGAGUUUGACAUCUAUCAACACGCCGAUCGUCAGAACGGAAAAAAUAGCCGAAUGUACGUCAAGGUCUACGAUGUGUACAGCUUGGGCGUCGUGUUGUUGGAAAUCGGCCUCUGGCAAUCACUCUCGAAAGUCGCAGCAGACUUGGAUGGAAUGGAUCCGAAGAAGUGGUCAGCACGUCUGGGUAGCAUUGCUACGGCGAAUUUGAAACAAAGGGUUGGAGAGAGAUAUACCAAAUUAGUCUGUUGGUGCCUCGCUCUCGCCGCAGACAAUGGCAUGAAGGAGACCGACUUCGUUCAGAAUGUACUAGAUCCGCUGGAGGAGAUGGCCAAUACCCUCUCCUGCUAA